GUGCAGAGAUGAGUAUGAGUAGAAUGCCUAUAUAAACUGAAGCAUGGCUCUUUACUCUUUCAAAGAGAAGCUAUGGAAGUGCAACAAGUUCUUCACAUGAUUGGUGGAGCCGGCGAGACCAGCUACGCCAAUAACUCAACACUCCAGGAAAUAGCGAUAUCCAAGGUGAAAAGCGUGGUAGAAAAAAGUAUAAUAGACCUCUACUGCACCACCUUCCCCAAGAGCUUGGGCAUUGUAGACAUGGGCUGUUCAUCAGGGCCCAACACAUUCCUGGCCAUCUCUAAUAUCAUGGAAGCAGUGGACCAGAAACGAUGUCAUCUUGGCCGUUCAUCGCCAGAGUUCCGAGUGUUCUUAAAUGACCUUCCAGGGAAUGACUUCAACAACAUUUUCAAAUCCUUGGCAGGCUUCCAUGAGAAACUCAAACAAAACAAUGGGCCUGAUUUUGGGCCAUGUUUCAUCGCCGGAGUGCCCGGUUCUUUUUAUGGCAGGCUCUUUCCGACAGAGAGUCUGGACUUUGUUCACUCUUCUUAUAGUCUACAUUGGCUCUCUCAGGUUCCUCCGGGACUAGAGAAUGGACGGGGUGGCGUUUUAAACAAAGGGAACAUCUACAUGGCCAAGACCAGCCCUCCUGCUGUGUUUAAAGCUUACUUGGAGCAAUUUGAGAGGGAUUUUUCGCUGUUUCUAAGGUCGCGGUCUGAAGAAAUGACAUCAGGUGGGUGUAUGGUCCUAACACUCAUGGGCCGGAGAAGCUCGGAUCCAUCUAGUGGAGAGUGUUGUUAUCUUUUCGAACUACUGUCACAAGCCCUCAUGGAGAUGGUCUCACAGGGAAUCAUCAAAGAAGCAGAAGUGGAUUCGUUCAAUCUUCCUUAUUACACACCUUCUGUUCAAGAACUGAUGACUCUGAUUGAAACCGAUGGAUCGUUCCAUCUAGACGGACAUGAAGUUAUCGAAUUAAAUUGGGAUCCUAAUGACGAUGACAAUAAUGAAGACUCUGCGUUCGAUAAACUUACAAGAGGGAGAAAUGUGGCAAAGAUCAUAAGAGCUGUGACAGAAUCCUUGCUUGCAAAUCACUUUGGAGAGGCGAUAGUUGACAAUUUGUUUAAGAAGUAUGGAGAGAAUGUGGCCAACCACCUGACCAAGGAGAAGACCAAGCAUGUUAAUCUUGUACUUUCCAUGACUAAGAAAUGAAUGGAGAUGUGCAUAUGAUGCAAGGUUAAAUAAAUGAGUGGAGCUUGGUGCAUUCCACCCAAUUUGUAAUGGCCCCUUUUUUAGAUUCAAUAAGAAAGAAAAUUUGGCUCAAUGGUA